UUAAAUCAACAUCUGAAGAGGAAUAACACCGGUUCUGAAGGUCCCCUACUCGACAUGGAGAAAGGCAGAAUAUCAGCGAUACUGUUCGACCUGGACAACACUCUGGUGGACACAGCAGGAGCAGGACAGCUGGCCUUACACCAGGUAUGUGAGCUGUUGAGAAGUAAGCUGAAGGACACAAACCCCAGCGAUAUUUGUAAGCGGUUUACCCGUAAACUUCAUGAGGAAAAGUUUGACCCAUCUGCAGGCAAAACAAUAGACGACGUGCGGAUAAAUCACUGGCACGAGGCCCUGCAGGAAGCAGAAAGUGUGGAUCCUGGCCGUGCUCUGGCCUCAGACUGCUACUACACUUGGAAAACCGCACGUCUCCAGGUACUAGAAUUUUCUCCUGAAGUUUUAGCCUUGCUGCACGAGCUCAAGCGCUCAUACAAACUGCUACUGCUGACGAACGGUGAUGCCCAGACGCAGCGGGAGAAGCUGGAGGCGGUGAGAUGUGAGGGACUCUUCAGCGCAAUGGUAGUAGGAGGAGAACAUUCUGAGCAGAAGCCUGCAGUCUCUAUUUUCUCACACUGCUUCAAGCUGCUGGGAGUGAAGCCACAGGACUGCAUCAUGGUCGGAGAUUCACUGGACACGGAUAUCCAGGGUGGAUUUGAUGCAGGGGUUCGAGCUACAGUGUGGAUUACCAAGAGCACAGACGUUCUUCCAGAGAAUAGUGUGACUCCUGAUUACACCAUUCACUCUGUGCUAGACUUGCCUAAUGUUUUAGCCAAGUUGAAAUGAUUAUCUUAAAUGAUACGAGUAGUCAUUUUUUUAAUACACUCCAUCUUUGUUUAUUCCUAACUCUAUUUGUGAGAUGCUGAAACAUGUAAAUUUCCCCACCAACGAAUGAAAAGUAUCUAUCCAUCCAUUAUCUGUCACGGGUAAGCUGGAGCCUAUCCCAGCUGACUGUGGGCGAGAGCCGGGGUACACCCUGGACAAGUUGCCAGAUCAUCACAGGGCUGACAUACAACCAUUCAUACGUACGGUCAGUUUAGAGCCACCAGUUAGCCUAACCUGCAUAUCUUUGGACUGUGGGGGAAACCGGAGCACCUGGAGGAAACCCAAGCAGACACGGGGAGGACAUGCAAACUCCAUACAGCAAAGGCCCUCGUCAGCCACCAGGCUCAAACCCGGAACCUUCUUGCUGUGAGGCGACAGUGCUAACCACUACGCCACCGUGCAGCCCUGAAUAAACUUGAACAUAUCUAUGCAUAUUGUCAAUUUUAUAACUUUUACCAAGUUUGAAUAAACACUAUUACAAAUGUUA